GCGUGGCUUGUCAGUCCCAAAUUCAUUAGGAACAAAUCAUUAUUAUGUUAGCCAUAAACUAAAGUGCUGAAUGGUAUGACACCUGUUUAUCUGCAGGAUCUAUUAGACCUUUAUAGACCUUGCCGUAGCCUUAGAUCAGGAACAUGCAGCUUCUGAAGACACAAUCUUAUAAUUUAAAAUUGUACAGGUUCAGGGCAUUUUCUAUAUAUUCCCCUCAGCUUUGGAAUGCUCUUCCACGAGAGCUAAGAGUAUGCGAUUCUGUAGGUAGUUUUAAGUAAGCCCUGAAGACCUUUCUUUUCAAAAAGGCUUCAGUGUUGAGUAAAAUUAAGACAAACCUUUUUAUGAACGUAUGUUAGAGAUCAGUCCCAAGAUUUUGAGAUUUUAUUUAAGUUAUAUUUUAUUUUUUGAAGCAAUUUUCAAAUUUUUUUUGUCGAUGUAAAGCGCUUGUGGAGCGCGAUAUAAAUAAAUUGUUAUUAUUAUUAUAAUAUCAUUAUCAUUAUCCAUUAAGAACACUGAGUGCAUCAUCCGCUGAAUUUAAGUGUACAUAGAAGUCAGCACAAAAACCCAAUUCAUCAAAUACGGAAUUUCCUGUUUUUCGUUUUUAAUAGAUUAUAGACCGCAUUGUCUGCGCAUCGUCACGUAUUAAAAAAAUACUCCACCAUUCCCCAAAACUGCUUCAUUUAGCAUCAAGUCUUAUUGUUUUCCCAGAGCCAUUUUACCGAAUAGCAUCUCCUCGUUUUAGAUCCAGUCUAAGCUGAACUUUAUAAUUCGGCAACAAAAUUUUGGAUUAUAAACAGUUUUAAAAAUCGUCCGUAUCAUGGGCUCAAACGAAACAGAAACGGCGACCGUCCUUUCGAACACAACCAGGUCAGUGUUUUAUUGCUCACACGCACCACACCUAGUUUGGGAUUUACACGACACAACUUCUCCUUGGGUUUUUGCCGUAGUCUCAUCUAUAAUCUCUCCAACUGUGGUUCUUUUAAACGCACUAAUAAUCAUAGCAGUAAAGCGAAGGAAAGAACUCCAGAGAGCUUCCAAUAUCUUGCUAUCAAGUAUGGCCGUUACAGAUCUUCUAGUAGGAAGUUUAUGUGUACCGUUAUCUGCUGUGGUCGGACUGUUAGUUUCUUAUCAAUUACUGGCCGACCAUUACAUUUGCAAGUUGGACUUUGUAGCGAUAUCGGUCACGACUACUCUUACGGCUUGUUCGAUUUUCCAUCUGACAAUGAUUGCUUGGGAAAGGUACGUGGCCAUUCGAAAAUGGAUUGACUACAAAGUUAUAGUGACUAGAAGCCGGUUGAAAAAGCUGGCGAUAAUAGCUUGGGUAUCAGCAAUAGUAACUGUAUCUCCACUACCCUUAUUGGUGAUCACGGGGAUCAUGAGUGAAAAUGCUAUGAUUUUAGCGUCGGAGAUUUUCCACACCGUUCUUUCAGUUUCGGUAAUGUCUGCCCUGGGACUUAUCGUAUAUUUUUAUGUCAUGGUGUACCUUGGGGUUCGCAAACGUAAAUUAAGUCAAAUUCACCAAGUCAGCGAGUUAGUGAACGCAAAACUUGAACGCAGAGUUGCUAUGACCACUGCUUUAGUUACGGUUGCCCUAAUUCUUUCGUUCUUCCCAAAUGCUCUUAUUGGUAUGUUGGAAGGAGUUUAUCCAGUUCUUCGUAAACAUUGGGUGAUACGUUUAAUGGACACACUUCUGUAUUCAAAUUCCGUAGUUAACCCACUCAUUUACUGCUACAGAGACUGUCGUUUUAGGAAAGCCGUGCUCGAGAUUUUAAAGAUCAGAAAACCGGAAAAGGGGCCUUCAGCUGCUUAUGAUGUACCACGAUCCGUCAGACGAAAGGAUUUGCUUGGUUCGGUCAUAGAUACCGAAGUACAGAUACAAAAAAUAGAAAACCAAGUUCUUUUAACAAGAUCAGCAUCCUGUGAUUUGGUCCUGUUCACAGAUCAAGCUCGGCUCGACUCUCACCAAACACCGUUAAAAAGAACUAUGUCAACUCCGUCUCUUCAUAUAAAACAUUUCCACGACGACUGA